ACGAUGCAACUACUACUACUGUACCUACGGCCCUGAACUCGUAUACGGAACCGUCUUCGCAUCAUAUCACAAACAUGGCAACUGGUGAGUCUGAUUCACGUACAGGCGAUUCCAGGCUGACCUCGUUGUGCGAUACGCUGGUCGAUGUAGACGCCAAGCUCGAAGCAGACCUUCUACAAAGCAUCAGGCAAGGUGACACUGCCAAAGCCAAGCAGCAUUUCAAGAGAUGGCAUCGAGCUCAGUUCGCAGACACGUCACUUGUUGUCACGGUCUUUCGGCUCAUUCGUCUCGGAUUGAGCUUCUUGAUCUUUGGUGCACUCUGGUAUCUUAUCAUCAAGCAGAAGAGGGAACAGAAAAGAGGCGAUGAGCUAUAUGCAUAUUUGAUUUCUGCAUUUCAAUUCUUCUUUUAUAUCAUAGACCUACUCGUUGAAGCCCAAGAAUAUUGGUAUGAUCCCCGGAAGAUGGACAAGGUGACUAGGACUAUGGGCUAUCACACUAUCUUGCCAUGGGCUAUGUUGAUGGCAUUGAAGUAUGGGAAGAAGGUGGUGGAAAUUGUUACGGCGAAGAGCGCGGCGAUGUCCGGAUGAAUCCCUUUGGGCCUCGUCGAUUUGUCGAUCUAUUCUUUCAUACGAGAUCACCCAUUGAUCGUUAUUGUAGAAGAUCCAUACUUCAUUCAUCACUUU